GCGACCCCACAACGGCUGCUCCUGCCGGGACAAUGCUGAUGACGGCAGUCAAUGUUAUCCAUCCAAGGGAGGAUCAGAUAGUGGUUCUGAACGACGGGUUGCCAGUCUAACACUUCAAGCAGGUGAUCGAUACAGCUUUGAGCCCCCAAACUAAGCUCACGGUGAGCACAAGAUGGAGCAAGCAAAGGCUCUCAACGCGUUGGAGCCCUUCCUUGCCCUCUCCAAGGCGGCAACAGCACCGCGAGCAGCAGCCGAUCUCGUUCUUCAAGCAACAUCGGCACCGAAUACCUUCAUAUUUACGGAACUUCUGGCUCAGCCAGAGAUACAGGCCCUCGUCACGUCUGCCGACUACUCUCCCGCCCUCACAGUCCUACAGGUCUUCAGUUACGGCACAUGGGCUACCUACGCCCAAACACCCGGCCUACCGCCGCUGAAUGAUGCCCAGGCCCUCAAGCUUCGCCAGCUGUCGCUACUCACAAUGGCUCGUGAUAAGGAUGCGCUGAAGUACGACGUUUUGAUGAGUGGCCUGCAACUUCAAACAAAAAGCGAACUCGAGAGCCUCGUUGUCAGCGCCGUCUACGCAGGUCUCAUCACCGCAAAGCUGGAUCCAGCUCACGGAAUCGUGCGUGUCUCAUCCGUCUCGCCCCUCCGGGAUCUCGCACCAGGAACUGUUCCAGACCUUAUCAAUGAGCUUCACCAGUGGUAUGACAGAUGCAGAUCCGCACUUGACGAUCUCGAUGCAGAGAUUGCCACAAUUCGACAGACCGCAGCGACAAGAGUCACAGAGAAAUCAGAAUGGGACUCGAAGAUGCAACGUUUAAUUGAAGAUGAGAAAAAUGCGACCGAUAGCGGCGGCGGCGGAACUAGCUCAUCUAGAAAACUUCCUACGGGCCUGGGUUCGGGCCGGCGUUUGGGGUUUGGUAAGCGAGCGAAUGUGGGUAGCAUGGCAGAUGCUGGCGACGAGGCAAUGGACGUGGAUACAGAUGAUGACGACUCCAACACCAAGAAGAGGUCGAGUCGAAGAAAGCUUUGAUAUAGGAAGAAUAUGCCAUGCGUUACGAAUACUCCGGUACUUUUUGUAGCUACAUAACCACUUGUGCGAACACAUGCGAGAUAGCUAGGCUUCCGGAUUAAUACCCAUGGAUGAAAGCUGCCCACAGUUAGCCUUGGGAUGAACAGGAAAGUUUAGAGGCAGAGGCGCAGCUUAUAUUUCAACUGUUGCAGCAAGCCAUGUAUUUCAAGCCCAUCACGCACGAGUGCUCCAUCGGACGUUGACAGUGAAGACACCCUCAUUAAAAGUCUAAUCGCGAUGAUACAAUAUAUGACCAAACGUUGCCCAGUUGCACAAACCCCAAAGGUAUCCUGAGUAGCCCU